GGAAAGGAGAGGACUUGGACUGUCGAAUAUUGAAAGAGAGACAAAAAAAAAAAAAGUAUCCAGAGAGAGAAAAAUGAGAGGGAGGAUGAGAACUCCUUGCUGUGACAAAGCUGAACUGAAGAAGGGUACUUGGACCCCAGAAGAAGAUAGAAAGCUAAUAGCAUAUGUUACAAGGUAUGGCUGCUGGAAUUGGCGACAACUCCCCAAAUUUGCUGGUCUAUCAAGGUGUGGGAAGAGUUGCAGAUUAAGAUGGAUGAAUUAUUUGAGGCCAAAUGUGAAAAGAGGAAAUUAUACUAAAGAAGAAGAGGAAACCAUCAUUAGAUUACAUGCAUCUUUGGGGAAUAAAUGGUCUGCUAUUGCUGCUCAAUUACCCGGAAGAACUGACAAUGAGAUCAAGAACUACUGGCACACCAACCUCAAGAAACGCGUUAACCAAAAGACGGUCAGGGUGAUGAUCAAUGAUGAAGAAAACUCUAGUAUCAUUGAAACAAAUCAAGGAGAUAAGUCAAUCGGACCAAACAACGAGUACAAAAUUCAAAAUUCUGCGAAUGUUGAAGUUCUUGAAAGCUCAUCUUCUCCAUCAAUGGAAGAAUCAGCAACGGAAUUAGCCUCAGCUCUGACUGCAAUAGAGACAAGUUCGGACUUGAUUCGUCAAGACGAGCUUAAUUUCUGGGAAACAUGUGGUGGAGAUUUCUGGACUGAACCAUUUGUGCCAGAUAACUUGUAUAACCAUUCAAAUGAUCGCUACCUCGUGUCGCUGGUUGAACCUGCUGGAGAAUUUCAAUCUCCAUAUCUUGAUCAGGAAAUUUUAUGCUCCUAUGGUUUCUACUAAAUCAAGAUCACCUCCCUCAAGGCCCUUAUUCUCGCCUUCUAUUCUUCUUGGGUACGUCUUUUGCAACGAGCUAUAAGUGGGCCACUAUGAUAUAGAUUAAUCCAAAUUGAAGCUUUUGAAGGUCAGAUUGAAAACUUGGAAUCUUGAAAUCUUUGGCAACGUGGAUGACAAGUUUAGAAGGUCGGAGGAUAACAUAGAUGGUGACUCCAUUUGGUGAGCCGGUUCAUAGAGAGCAGUAUCAUUAGCGAUCACAUAAAACGGGACCACCUCAUCAAACACCUCAAACCAUUGGGUGUUUACCCCGAUUGAAAAGGAGGCUUUUUAGUGUGAGUUGUAUUCCAAUAAACACAAGUCAAAAGGAAGUUUAGAAAUAAGCACAAAUGUUAUAAACUUAUAAAAAUACACUUGUAUUAUAAAAUAACACACGUUAUUAUCUUCUUCCUCCUCA